CUUGGAUCUUUUAGCUCAACUGGUUUUGUUGGUCUCUGGGAGUGCCCUGUGCCGGAUUAUCCCACUCUCUUCCUCUCUCCUUCAGUGUAUCUUUACCUCUCUCAGACACUCCGCGCUCUCUCUCUCUCUCUUCGGCAGAAGCACGAACAUACGGCAACAUGUUUUUUGCAAGGAGCUUAAUCAAAGGCAUCAUUGAUGUUGUGAGCGACUUCGACCCGAGUCAGUUCAAGACCUCAGACCCUCCUCCUCCUCGCAGACCUCUGAACUUUGGCGAUUCCCACGAGAACGAAGAGGAGAACAAGUUUCGGAGAGUUUUCAAGCAGCUGGCCGGAGAGGACAUGGAGGUGAGCCCCAACGAGCUGAUGAACAUCCUCAACAAAGUCCUUGGCAAUCAUGAAAACCUGAAGACCGACGGUUUCAGCAUCGAGUCCUGCAGGAGCAUGGUCGCGGUCAUGGACAGUGACAGCACAGGUAAACUCGGCUUCCACGAGUUCAAAUACAUGUGGAACAACAUCAAGAAGUGGCAGGCGAUCUAUUUAAAAUACGAUGCAGAUGGUUCAGGUACAAUCGGCUUUGAUGAGCUGCCAAAUGCCUUCCAGGCUGCAGGUUUCCCUCUGAAUGACCAGCUCUACAAGCUGAUUAUCCGUCGCUAUAGCGAUGAACACGGCAGCAUGGACUUCGACAAUUUCGUCGGCUGCCUGGUGCGACUGGACGCCAUGUGCAGAGCCUUUAAGACCCUGGAUAAGGACAACAGUGGCUCCAUCGACCUGGACAUCAAGGAGUGGCUUCAGCUGACGAUGUACUCAUAAAGCAUUGGAGGGAAGCUGCCCGGCAACAAAAACACCUUCUCUUUUAUCAUCUCCUCCCUCACUCCCUCUCAUUGUCUGUGUGUGUGUGUGUGUGUGUUUGUUGUGUAUGUGUGUGCUUGUGGAUGUGCAAUAGUGUUUGAAGGCCCCCCGCCCCUUGUCAUCACGGUAACAGGACCACAAUGUCAGCGUUGGAGCUAAAGUGAAGGUGAAGAAUCAAACUCGGACCAAAGUGGAGCUGGAAUGCUUUUGUUUCAUAUUUUUGUGGGGAACGUUUUAAAUGUCUUCAUUUUUUAGAAUCAGAAACCGAAUAAAGUGACACAACUGACAAUUAA